AUGGAUGUCUGGCGAAACCUAGAGCAGCUUAAAGCUGCUGUGCAGGAAGGCGUGAAGGAAUUUUCUAAUGUUGCUAUCAAUGAAGUACGCACAGGCGUUCAGACCAUUCAGCAACAAGCAGCUCAUCAACAGUUUGGACAACAUGAGGACAGGUGGGGAGGGGAAGAUGGAAUUGAUGGUGGCAUCGCCCCUCCCCCUCUUGAUGCAAGCCCUGCCUAUCGGGACGAGGCGUCCAACGAAAGCAAAGCACAGGACGACGGAGUUCAGUUCAGCGGGUUUUCGUCGUUGCCUGAGGCAGCUGCUUCCCAAGGCGAUGGUGCUGCUGGCAGCCGUGAUGUGACACGGCAGGAGGCUGAUCCUGGCAGCAUCAGCAAAGUCCCUCGCCGCGGUGCAAAUCCUUCCACGUCGAUUCACCCGUCCUCAGACAGGCCUAAUGGCCGCCCGGCAGCGUCCAUGCCUUCCGUGACCGCCCUGCAGGCCACCGGCCCGUCAGGUGCAUCCCCGGUGGUGGAAGAAGCGGCGGUAGCCACCCAGAACGGCGUCAACCAGCGCCGGGUCGAGCGUGAGCAGGGCGCUGGUGGCAGCCUCGCAGCGGGCUCAACCGCUGACGCAGCAUCUGCCAGCGCUGCCGAUUCAUCCUCGUACGCCUUUAACACCCGCUCUCGUACGGCAAGGACUGCGGAGGCCAUUUCAUCAGAGGCAGCCGCUGGUGCACCCGCCGCCAGAACGCCUUCCGUUAGCGGCGUGACGGCUGGUGCUUCCCGGGUAUCCCAAGGACAGGGGCAGGGGCAGGGACAGGGGCAGAUCCCUGGCGAAUCAUCCGGGUCCGGGUCUGCGGAAGGAGCUGCAGCGCCGUCGUCGACUUCAGCUUCUGCGGCAGACCCGUCCUCCCGACCCGGCGGCCCGCCAGGGGGUCCAUCGCCGUCGACGACGACGACUGGCGAACCCGCCGCGGCUCCUGCCACCGCCGCGGAAAGUACGCGAGGUAGCGGAGGGGGAGGCAGCAGUAACAGCACCAAUAACAGUAACCACAUCAUCAACAACAAUGGCCGGCCGCCAUUACCGCUCGCGACUGUGCCCACGACGGCGUCCCCAUCUGGCGGCGCCCAGGCUCGGGACAGCGGCAGGCGUGUGAGCGGCGGCGGGGCGGCAGCGGGAGACACAGUGCCUGGGUCUGUGGUGGGGCGGAAUGUAGUCGAGAGCGACGCAGACCUCCGCAAAGCGUACGCGGACAUGAAAAAGGCUUACGACGACAUGAAGGAGCUGCUAAAGAAGAGUAUGGACGAGUGCGUGCGGCUCUCGGAGGAGGUGGUCAGGAUGGAGGGUGCGGCCCGUCAGGCUCAGAGUCAGGCCGGGGAGCAGGCCGCUGCUGCCCGAGCGGCCAAGAAGGAAGCGGCAGACGCCAACGUGGCGCUGACGGCAGCUCGCAAGGAGGCGGCGGCGGCUGAGAGGUCCCUGGCCAAGGUGAAGGCGCAGCUAGAAGCCAAGGAGCAGCAAGAGAACAGCAAGGUUGGUCCUUCCUCGCCACACUGCUGCCUGGCCCUGCAAUUCCCAAUCACCCGAUCACCCGGUCACCCACCCGUAACCUGGCACGUCAGCCCGGCUGCCGAGACGGCUGAGCUGGAUGUGCUCCGCGGGGAGCUGGCUGCGGCAGUGCGCAAGGCUAUGGCUGCAGUGACAGCCAAGGAGGCGGCGGAGGCGAGGGCGGCGCAGGCGGAGGCGGCGCGGCAGGAGGCGGAGCAGGCGCGCAACGAGGCAGACCGGCUGCGGAGGGAGGCGGAGGCCGAGGCCCAGGCCGCACUGGCCGCUGCUGAGGCGGAGCGCAGCAGCCGCGCCGAGGCCCAGGGCAUGAGUGAGGCGCUCAAGGCGGAGAGCGAGCGACGUGCUCGGGUGUUCAACAACGCCGUAAAGGCGGCGGUGGGGCGGGUGCAACGGGAGCUGGAGGCGGAGCGGGACGAGCUUCAGGCCCAGCUGCGAGCCGCCCACCGGACCCUGGAGGGGACGAAGGAGGAGCUGAGGCUGGCCAUGGCGGCGGCGGAGGAGGCAGUCGCUGAGGCGGAGGCGCGCACCCGGGACGCCACAGCUGCUGGCACGCUGGCGGUGGCCGCGGAGGCAGCUGCAGAGCGGGCGGUAGCACGGGAGGCGGAGGCCACCGCGGCUGCCCAGGCAGCGGAGGCGGCCCGGCAACAGCUGCAAGCCGAGCUGGAGCAGGUCAAAUUUGACAAGCAGGAGUCCGACGCGCGCGUCCGCGUUCUGGACUCGGCGCUGACGUCUCUGCGCGCGGAGGCCGAGCGCGAGCGCUCCUCCGCGGCCGCCACCCUGUCCGAGAUGGAGCGGGAGCUGAGACGUCAGGCGGAGCGGGCGGAGGCGGCCACCUCGGCACUGGCUGGGGUGGAGAAGCAUCUGGAGGGGGUCAUCGCUGCACCUUACUUUGCCUGCAUGUGCUCGCGGACGUCUGGGGGACAUGAGGACGUGGUUUACCUGGAAUGGGCAUUGGUGGGGCCGUUAGGUAGGGAGCUGGGGGGCGGCUGGAGGCUUGCCAGCAGCAAGGCAGUCAUGUCGCUGUUCCAGCUGCCGACCAAAGAGGACGUGCUGGCGGGUCUGGGACUGGAGAUGUGGAAGGACGACCGACUGCGCUGGAAGAGCGAGGACGUGGAGACGCCCCUUCCCAGCGCCCCGCGGCCUCGUGCACCGGCGGACAAGGACCGCGGCACAGGGGGUCCGGGUGGCGCACUGCGCCGCGCCACGGGCCACAUCUCCCUGCGCGUGUGGCUGAUGAUUGGGUACUUGCUGAUGCUGCACGUGGCUGUGAUGGUGUCGUUCACGCGGAACGCUCCUGAUGUGGCCAGUCUGUGUGGCAGUGCGGAUGCCAUCAAGGCGGUGGCGGAGCACAAGGUGUUGCCGGCGGCGUGA